AAAUCCUAAAAAAAUAAUUCUAAACGAUAGAUUUACUCGUAAUUAGUGGACACAACAUUUGUUAUACACUACAUCGCAUUAUACUGGUGUGCCGCGUAAACGAAAACCGUAAAAAUGACCAUCGAAGAUCGUGUCGUCGCUCGACUGAACAAAGAGCUUGGGUCCGACUUCGGGGCCCUCGGCAAAAGUGCCAACCUGGUCCAGCUGCUUCGGUCCGAUCUGGAGAAACACACGCGACGAUUGACCGUCGGCGACGAGGAAUGUUCCUCGGAUUUGAAAAAUGCGUUGCAAUCUUGUUCCUGGAAAAGCACCGAACUGGAAGAAGCUGCCGAUAACCUGGAAGCAUUUGAAGAGAAGCUUACGGAGAGGAUAACCCGACACCGGGAGCUAAUGACUAAAAUUGAGGACCAUUUGGCGAACAUUAGCAAGCUGCAAAAUAUGAAGGAGUACUUUAUGAUACUGCUUGACAUUUACAACAUAAGCCAGGAAUUGACGGUUUCGGUCAAUGGUAAAGAUGAGAACAAAAUGAUAAGUUUGUAUGUCGCUUUGAGUGGGGGUUUGUCCAAUAGUAUACUGGAUAGGUUGAGCGGUGUUGAAGCGCCCCAUUUGAAAAUGUUCGCUAGAAAUACUGCCUUCUAUUGGCACGAUAUAUUGAGGGAAAAGUUUUCCAAGGAGUUUGAAGCGGUUUUGAAGAACAUCAAAUGGCCUAACUUGAAUCAAACACUCGAACAGUUCAAUCCUUCGAAGGAAAACCUCAACAAGUUGGCUACCUUGGGCGAGUAUUUGUUUCUCGUUAAGAUUCCGGGCGAUCAAAGUUUACUCAGCGUCAAACUGACGCCGUCGAUAAUUUGUCCACCGUUUACGGCUCCGGUCGAUAUAUUGCUGAAACCGUUCCAUUUGAGGUUUCAGUUUCAUUUUACCGGAAGUAAGCAAACAAAUCGGCUGGAUAAACCGGAAUGGUACUUAACGCAGAUAUUGUCUUGGGCGAAAGAGAAUCACAUUUUUGUUGGGCAGAAUUUCCAGUCGGCAGCUAUCAAGGCUGGAGUUAGCAAUCUCAAUGUUCGGUUGGAAUUCGUACGAGGUUUGGUGCAGUUGGCGAUUACAAAACUGGUCCAGGAUAUCGAUGCCGUAUGCCAGGAAGAAGCUCUGUAUGCGCACGUGAUUGAUGAAGUUCUUGCUUUCGAGCAGGAGCUAAAAUCUAGCCUGGGCUACCCGAGCAGUUUGCCCAGUACCGUAGCUGUGCUUGUUCAGCCUAAGUAUUUGGUCAAGUGGAUGGCGAUCGAGAAAAAAUUCACCACCGACAAGAUGGAUGCUAUGCUGAACGGUGCAGAACCUUGGCGUUGCCUGGAUCCUGCCAAUUUGGAUGACAUGAAAAUUCCGAAAUGUGCCGAUCAGUUUAUCAGGCUGUUAGACGCCAUUAGAGAACGAUAUUGCUCUCUGCCUCAGCCGGGUCAGCAGCUACAGUUUUUGGAACUGCAACUGGAGUUGAUCGAUAACUUCCGUCGCCGACUGGUUCAGCUGCACAACAGCCCAGGGGCGGACAAUGUUGGUUCCACGAAGAUCCUCAACGCCAUCAACUACAUCACCUCAGUGCUGAGGGAGUGGGGCGAGAAUGUACACUAUUUGCAUCUGCACGCUGCCCUCUAUGGCCCCGAUGCAGAUGAGAUAAGUUCAGUUUUCGAUAAAACCAUCGAUGAGUUGGAGCAUUGGCAACGAGCGCUGGUGAAGGAUUUAGCGACGCGGGUUGUCGACGAAGUGCGGGCUAAGUCUCGACCCUAUCGACACGAUCAGUGGCCUACGAUGAAUCAGCUGGAUACGAAGGAAACUUUCAUGCUGUCCGGUUCGGCUGGUGAAAUGUUUCAAACGGUGGUGAAUCAUCUACAUCACUUGGAAGGUGAGCUGUCGGCGAAUGUAUUCUCGAUCGUGGUACGACUGAUUGCGCUACAGCUGGACGAGUGGAUCCUCGACGAGAUGGUGAUGUGCACAAAGUUUUCCUCUGGAGGAGCUCUGCAGUUUCAGUUCGACAUGACGCGGAAUCUGUUCGCUCUGUUCGGUCAGUACGCACGGAAGCCGAAUUUACUGUUUAAAAGGAUAAACGAUGCAUGUUUAUUGCUGGUACUGCCACUCGGGUCGGCCAUGCUGCUGCACGAUGCCCUUGGGAAGGAACAGUCAGAAGAAACCAUAGCCAGUACAGUGAAGGAAUUUGGGAUAUUGAUACUGAACAAAAGGACUAUCCUGGAAGUGCUGGAGAGGCGAAACGAUAUCAUUCAUUCCUAGGUAGAGUGGAACGCGUUUUUACUCGGAUUGUGAUGCGAAGGGAAAUGCUAAGUCAGGUAUUUACGUUAUAAAA